AUGAAGUCACUCUUUCGUUCUAUUGCAAUGUCUCCGACAGUAACACAAGUUAUCGAUGGCAAGGAGAUAGACUUCUCCUUCAUUACUCCACAAUUGGGAGUCUGCUCGGGCCCUGUUGACUGUCAGUUCCGCUCAUGGUAUCGUCUGCUGAUAUCUGAUCUAUCGAAGUGGCUUGACACACAAUCGUCCAAUUGGCACAUAUGGAAUCUCAGGGGCGAAGGAGCUGGAUACGACCUCGAAACCAUGAGAGAUAAGGUAUCUUUUCACCCGCUUACCGACCAUGAGGCUCCCAGUAUGGAUAUGCUACUCAGAGUGGUCAAGGAGCUAGAUGAGUACUUGAGUGAAACGGACCACUUAGCGGUGGUUCACUGCAAAGCAGGAAGAGGUAGGUCAGGAACGGUGGUUUGCGCCUACCUAAUGUAUCAGUUUAGCAAGGAAGGCAAACACUUGACGGUGGAAGAAGCCAUCCUGUGGUUCAGUGCUAAGAGGAUGCGCACCUUUGCAGACACUGGCAUAUCCAUCAAGUCUCAGAGAAGAGCUCUCGAGUACUGGUACAAGUUUCUCCAGUUCACAAGGAAAGAACGGUUGGAAUACUUUAGAAGCAGUGCUGGGGCUGAAAAGCACUUGUAUGGAAUUAGGGUGAUUAAUCCAUGUCAAGGCUGGAUAGGUGAGAUUUGCAUCCAAACCUACAUCGACGGCAAUAUUGGCGACAUCUACAAGUUCACCGACCCUAGCUCACCUGGGAUCUCGAGAGUCCGAGAAAGAACCCCAAUCCCUGUUCAAGAAUUUAGAGUUGCAAUUAAAUGGUGCUACUGCUGGUAUCACCUAUUUUUUGAGAAGCGCAAGCAGAUGGUUGAGGGCUUGGACACUUUCAAACUUGUGGCUACUUGGGACGAUUUUGACGGUUUCAAAGGAACCACUCACAAAGGUGUCAAGUGGUUCGACGCCUUAGAGAUAUACUGG